AUGCAACAGAACACGCCAUCAAAGUUCUGUUCAAAAUUUCAUGGAACGGGUUUUCGAGGCCGUGUCGAACAACGUCACCUCCAGCCCACACCUUCACGAUCCUCAUCUCGUUGCACGAGUCGUGGUCUACGCCGAUCAUAUCAUGCCGAAAUAACACGCAUCAAAGCUGCGACCAACCCUGCGGCAGCAAUCUUCCCCAGCAACCAGCGAUGGCAGAGGAUUGUCCCUGUUCACAACGGCAUCCCGAUGCCAGCAGCAAUGAACCAGAAAUCUAAGCUCAUCUCUCUUCGAUCAACACCAGCAAAACCUCCGAAACGUCGUCAGACCAGAUGCUUUCAUCAUUUGAAGGGUCCGGAAAUGACGUUCACAGCCACAAUGCUGAAGACAAAUCGCUUGAAAUGGCUGGACAUGCGUAGCAUCUGCGAGGCCAGUGAUUUACACACACUUCAUCUGGACUGA